UGCUGUGAUUUUAUACACAAAUACCCAGUUCUACUGUCAUUUGAGGGGCUGUGGUGAAUGGGAUUAUUAAUAAAGUAGGUGUUUUGGAUUCUCUCUGGAAGUAACUGCAAAAGUUGUAAUCAUGAUGGAAUAUCAGAAAAAUGGUAGUACUGAAGAGAUCAUGAAAAUGGACAUGGAAUAUGAACGGAAGACGACAUUUACUAAAGGUCAUCUAUGUAGCAGAAAAACUGCCAUCUUUGUGCUUCUAGGAACAGUCUGCAUAAUUAUUCUCAUGAUCAUGACCUCUGUCAUCCUUUUUCAUCAACAAAGAACAUUCUCAGAGCUGGAGAGUUUGAUGAACGUUCAUAGUUCCAAUCAAACUUCAGUCAAACCUGAUCUUCAGAUCACAGAAGUUCAAGUAAAGAAUAUUGAGACCUUGAUAAGCAAUCUUGCCUCUUCAUUGAGUUCAAUCUCAUCCAAACAAGAGGAAAACCAGCAAAAGAUGGAGUCUCUGUCGAGCUCAGUGAGUGAAAUGAAGAGUUCGGUGUCAGAUCUUAGUUCUUCUGUUUCAUCUCUUUCUUCUCAACUAUCAGUCAUCAUACAGGACGAUUCGCAAACUGAAGUGAAGAGUUUGAUGAACAACUUGAGUUCUGCUGUAUCAGCGCUGACGGCAAAGCUGAAUGAUGCAGUUAACAAGCAGGACCAGAAACAGACUGAAACAGAACGAUCACUGGACAUAUUGAAGUCAUCCAUACAGACUGAUCAACAGAACAAACAGCGUGACUUCGACUCUCUGUCGAGCUCAAUGAGUGACCUGAAGAGUUCAGUCUCAGAUCUCACUUCAUCUGUCGCAUCUCUUUCUUCCCAACUGUCAGUCACCAUGCAACAGCAGGAUAUGAAGAGUCUGAUUGACAGUUUGAAUUCUGCAGUAUCAAAUUUGACAUCCAAACUGAAUGAUGCAGUUAACAAGCAGGUCCAGAAACAGACUGAAACAGAACGAUCGCUGGACAGUUUAAAGUCAUCCAUACAGACUGAUCAACAGAACAAACAGCGUGACUUCGAGUCUCUGUCAAGCUCAUUGAGUGUCCUGAAGAGUUCAGUGUCGGAUCUCACUUCAUCUGUCGCAUCUCUUUCUUCUAAACAACAGACCUCUGAGGAGAGAAUCAUGAACGCUCUGAAGGAUCUGAGAUCUAACACGAGCAACAAAACAGCAGACGUCCCUGUAACCUGUAAAUCUGGCUGGAUAUCGUACAAAAGCAGCUGUUUCUUGUUCUCUAGUAAUAAACUCAACUGGACUCAGGCACGAGAUUACUGUAAAACACAGGACGCGUUACUCCUCAAAAUACAAGACGAUGACGGGGAGUGGGCAUUUUUGAACCAUCGUACCAUACCCACAAGCUACUGGGUCGGUCUAACGGAUCAGACCACAGGCCAGUGGAGAUGGGCGGAUGACACUCCUUACACCAUGAACACAGAACGCUGGGAUCCCGGGCAGCCGGAUGACUGGACAAAUCAUGGUUUGGGAGAGGAAGGAGAGGACUGUGGGCAGAUUUCAUAUACUGGGAAACUAAAUGACUGCCACUGCUCCAUGAAAUUGAAAUACAUUUGCAGAGUGCAAAUCUUAAACUGAAAUUAGCUGUGGUGUAGUGCCAUCUAAAUGACAAGGGCAUUUGUAAUAUUUUGCAGUUCAGUACUUUGAACAGUAGUUAGAUGUAUGACAGUGUAAAGACAGUGAAAGCAAAUCCUUUAAAUCAUCUCAUGCCAUUUUUGUGUUUAUUUACCAUUUAAAUUCUAAUAAAAACGCAAGUAGUUGACUGCUUUUCUGUUGUCCUGUACUGGAGGGCUCAGUCUCUGUUGUUGGGAUGCUAUGAUUUUCUCCAGUAUUCAGAUUAGAUGUUAAGAAAUAAACAUUCUUGUAGCUGAAA